AUGAAUUUAGAUGAAAUAAGAGAUAUUGCUAUUCGUAUGCAUAAAAUUAUGUCGAUUGACAUAGUACAAUCUCUCUGGAUAGUCUAUCGAAAAUAUGGUAUGGAAGAAAUACAAUCCAAACGACCAAUCAAUGAAUCCGAUACAAAACUUUGGCCAAAAGAAGUUUCAUCACUCAUGGAACAGUUAAAAAAUGAUAAUAUUAUUGGUGAAAGUAGUUGUUUAAUUUUCGUCAAUCAAUGUUUACAAGAAUUCUACAAUAAAAAGGAAUAUUAUCGACGCGAAUUAAAUGUCAAGACCAGUCGUUUAUCUGGUUAUAACCAUAGCAUCGAAUAUACUAUUGAAAAAUUUGUACAACAAGGACUUCAAUCUUUACAUAUUGAAAUCAAUGAACAUAUUGCCACGGUUCAAUAUCAUUAUACCAAUAAAAUAUUUCAACACACUUAUUUUGCUCAAAAUCCUAAUACAAAUCAAAUACAAUCUUCGCUCUUAAUCAUAUAA